CAUUAUCAUCAGCACGAGCAGGAGCACGCCCAUCAGCGGCAGGCCCAUCUUCCAGCAUGGCCCUCGGCGGCUUCGAAGGACGAUUCGCACCACGGCGACAACGAGCAGCGGCGACGGACAUUGCAAGAGGUAGGCGGGGCCUAUUACUUCCCUUCUGUUCCCAGGGCUUGUCAAUCACAUCUCUCCAAUGGUGUAUUGCUUUCCCUUCCAGAUCUACGCUCUCUCUCACGAGAUCUGCGCUGUUGCUGCCGCUCACAUGGCGCACGACAGCAAGCCUUGCACACUGCAGGUACAUGACCUGCUAGACGGCUGUCUUCGAGGCUAUGACCUGCUUCAGACCCUCAUCUCGGAACCGGACAACCAGGCCUCCAAGGGCCCUUUCUCUUCCAACGCCAUGACGUCAGGCAACGGUCAAGACGUCGACAGCAGAUUAAAAAUGCACAUCAAGCUGCCCCCCAUCACGACCUUCUACCGCGCAGCUGCAGAUGCCCAAUUAUCCUUACCGACACCAUCGAAGAGUCCGAUGGCGCAUAAUCUCACCGCUCUGUCACCCGCUGCGUCGUCUACAUGCUUGCACGCAUCGCCGCGCCUCUUCGUCGACCCUGACAGUAACGGUGGUAGCGAUGGUGGCCGCCUCAGCUUGCCAGCAGCCGGGGCUUCCUCUGUUGCAGACUCGCGCUCGCUACGAGCUGCCAUCGCCAAUACGCCGGUGCUCGUGUCGCCGCUCACUGCGUCGGUACCAUCGUCCGUCGCCUCUUGGGCCUCAUACCAGUCUCAGCAGCACAUCCAGCCUCAUGCGGCUGCUGGCGUCAAGCGACGCGGUCGCCCGCGUGCGCGCUCUGCGGUCGAGUACCUCACCGCGAACGCCAACGGUAGGGUGAGGAGCACACAGGCAUACUACUCUUCGAGCGUAAGCGGCAACAACAGCAGCAAAAGCACCACUACCAGCACCGGCAGCAUCGGCUCAGCCGCUGCAGAUACCAAGACCAACAGCGGCGGUAGCAGUAGCAAAAAGAGGGGUCCCCCUGUAUACGCCAAGCGCUGUCGAAGACCGGCCGAGGUGUGCUGUGAGUGCUGCCGGGCUGACGACUCUCCCGAGUGGCGCAAGGGGCCUUCGGGCCCGCGCACGCUCUGCAACGCCUGCGGACUGCACUACUCCAAAUUGAUCAAGAUCGAUCGUGAGCGUCAGCAGCUGCCGAUGAAGGGAGACGUGUGCAAACGAAAGGAGAAGAUGGAGCAGGAAACAGAAGAUGAAGGGAUGCUUCGAAAUGGCAGCGGAAGCAAUUGCGGCAGUGAAAGUAUUUGCAACGAAGGUGGCGCUCGACGCGAGCCUCGCGUCAUCACGCUCGAAGAGCUAAGACAUGCGGUUAGGGAUAUGGCACAGGCUGCUCACUCUCUGCUGUCGCCUCCAUGAGACUUUUUCGUCGCAUUCGCACGACCCCAAUUUUUUUGUUAUAUCCCCUCGCAGCAUUCACACUUAUAUAUUCGCGCUUUCAUUGUUGUAUUCAUUAUCACCGGGCAUCGAUAUACUUGGAUCAU